AGACAUCUGUGGGCUCCUCUGCUUUGGCAGGGUACAGGAAUGUCCUGCGGGAUGUCGCAGCUGGAACGCAGCAUCGAUACCAUCAUCAACGUCUUCCACCAGUACUCCGUGCGGGUGGGGCCGCGGGACAGCCUGAGCCAGAAGGAAUUCAAGCAGCUGGUACAGAAAGAGCUGCACAACUUCCUCAAGAAGGAGGCGAGGGAUGAGAAAGCCAUAAAUGAUAUCAUGGAGGACCUGGACACGAACCAGGACAAGCAGCUGAGCUUUGAAGAGUUCGUCAUCCUGAUGGCAAGGCUGGUCCACGCCUCCCACGAGGAGAUGCACAAGAAUGCCCCCCAUGACCAUGAGGGCCACAGCCACGGCCCAGGCCUUGGCGGGGGUGGUCCUGGCCAUGGACAUGGGCAUAGUCACGGCCAUGGCCAUGGCCACAGCCACUAAUCAGGAGGCCAGGUCGCCCUGUGCCUGCCCCACCAGGGCCACAGGGAAUGCUGUGCGCCUCUGCCUUGGCUGUGGGGUUGCAGGUGGGGAAAAUAAAGCCUCCCUCC